AUUCACUACAUACGCUUCGAGUCAAGCAGCAGCCACACCCGGUGAGCUAGACUCCAUCAGGGCAGCCGUGGCUAUCGCCAGAGUUGUUUGUCGUUUCAGCCCCUUUCAAAUGUCGUCCUAAUCGAAUGCGGCUCCUUUCCCACGUAGGCCCAGAGACGUGGGGUCCGGGGGACCUACAAAGUGCGUCCGUCCCGCCUCCGGCUACCUUAAGACACCAUCCUCCCUACUUCUCAAGCCUGAAAAUCCGGCCGAAGAGAAAAACGAAUCGAGAUGUCUCCAAGCGAAAAACCCCGUGGUCAUGACACCGCCAAUGGCGAACACCACCACCACCAGAUCCGCAAGCCGCAUCUCACCACGGUGGAGGGCCACCUGGUCGCCGCGUCAGCGGAGUUCGUCGGCACCUUCUUCUUUCUCUUUUUCGGCUAUGGCGGCCAGCUCAUGGUGAUCCUACAAGGUGCCAAUUCAGCUCCGGAUGGCUCGCUCAGCGCCGAGGGAGACGUCUUCAUCGCGCUGACCUACGGCUUCUCCCUCCUCGUCAAUGUCUGGACGUUCUACCGCAUGAGCGGCGGGCUCUUCAAUCCCGCAGUCUCCAUUGGGUUGUCUCUCGGUGGCCAGUUGCCUUGGAUGCGGUCUGUGUUCUUGAUUCCAGCACAGAUCUUGGCCUCCAUGUGUGCCGGCGGACUAGUCGAAGUGAUGUUUCCCGGAAACAUUUCUCAAGCCAACUCAUUGCUUGGAAACAAGACCACCGUUGCUCAGGGCCUUUUCCUCGAGAUGUUCUUCACCGCCCAACUGGUUAUAGUCGUGUUCAUGUUGGCUGCUGAAAAGUCCCGCGACACCUUCCUCGCACCAAUUGGCAUCGGCCUUGCCCUCUUUAUGAUCAUGAUUCCCGGGACAUUUGUCACGGGAGGAUCACUCAACCCGGCCCGUAGCUUCGGAUGUGCCGUGGCCGGGAGACAGUUUCCCGAUUACCAUUGGAUUUACUGGCUCGGGCCGACGUUAGGAGCUGCUCUCGCUGCCGCCUACUACAGGUUCGUGAAAUGGGUUCACUAUGAAGAGGCCAACCCGGGCCAAGACUUGCCCGUGGAUCCGGAAGAACUUGCGGCUGCUCAAAACUCGCAGUUGCCUGGAGUGCAUGGGCCCAGUGGGUUACAUGGACUGGUUCCUCACCGCCACGAAGUUUAAUCGAGUGCUUGUAGGUGGGAUAAGUUGAACAAUGGCGCUUAGUUUGGCUUGUUUUAAAUGCAUCAACUGGUUCACGGGCCUCGCCAACUGAGCUCAUCAGUGAAG